AUGAAACGUUUCAGAUUCAAUGCAAUUGGCAUCUCUGAAGUACGUUGGAGAGGAAAAGGAGAAAUAUCAGGUGGUGACUUCAUUUGGUCAGGAGAAGAUAGUACACACAACAGAGGUGUAGGAGUGUUAAGAAGUGCAAAAGCAAAACAUACACUAAUAGAAUACAACCCGAUUAGUUCACAAGUAAUCACGGGUAGAUUCCAUACAACACCAUUCAAGCUCACAGUAAUACACGUGUAUGCGCCAACAUCAGCAUCAUCAGAUGAUGAAAUCGAAAUAUUCUACGAUAGCAUCGAACACGCACUAACACAAACGUCUAAAAAGGAUAUAGUGACAGAAACGAACGAGGAGAUCGACUCCUAG